AUGAUUGAAAACAAAGAGAAUGUUCCUGAUCCCGCCGGAAACAAUGAAGAUAAGAAAAGUUCAUAUAAUGUUGUGUGGGAUUACGAAUUCAAGAGAGGGGAGUGGUUUCGAUACACGGAAGAAAUUAUUAAAAAAUUAAACAACUCUGAUGAUGUAGUCUCAGUAGUCAUCGAAGAUGCUCCGAUAGAUAUCGACAUCAAAGGAAUGAAACAAAUUAACAUGGUCUCAUCUUUUCGGAGAAAUAUUAGAUGCAGCUUAGUUUUAGAUUCUGAAGAAAAUAUUAUCUGGGAAUACAUGAGAGGAAGGCAAUACAUAUGUUUCCCAAAAGAUAUCCAACAGGAAAUGGAAAGACAAAAAGCCGAUGGUCAGGAAACUUUCGGUAUUGUUUUGAAUGGCAAGAAGUACGAUGUCAAUUUAUUGAAUAUGGAGAUGAGCAAUGACGAAGGAAGCAAAAGACGUUUGCGUCGGCACGAAUGCGUUGCCGGUGCUGCGAUUUCUUCUGUUCCAACUGUACCCGCAGAGAGAACGAGAGGAAUGACGAAAAGAUCAGCAAAAAGUGUGGAUUAUAAGGCUGAAGUUAAGGAUGAAGUAGUCUCCGAUAACGAAGAUGUCAAACCUUCAAAAUCAAUGAAGCUUGACAAAUCAUCCAAGAGCAAGACAAAUAAAUCUGUUAAGAGCAGAUCUGAUUUCUACAAAAGCACUAAGCGUGUAUUGGUGAUCAAAGGAAGAGCACCAGUAGACCCUGAGUGUACCGAAAAAGUGGAUGUUGCCCAUGUUCUGGAUGAAGGAAAUGUUGUAUGGGACGCCAUGCUCAAUCAAACAAAUAUUGCUCAAAAUAAUAAUAAGUUUUAUAUUUUACAAUUGCUCGAAGACGACAAAGCGAAGAACUAUAGCGUGUGGUUCCGCUGGGGUAGAGUUGGAUAUCGUGGACAAGACAAUCUUUUCGUUUUUGGAUCGGAUUUGGAAGACGCAAAAGCAUGCUUUUGCAAAAAGUUCCAUGAUAAAACUUAUAAUGAAUGGUCUGAAAGGCACGACUUCGAACGGGUCCCUGGCAAGUACACUUUGAUUGAGAUGGAUUAUAAUGUAGCCGGAAUGUCCAAAGGUGACGGAAUGAAAAAAGAAGAAAAAGAAGAGGACGAGGAUGAAGAAGAUACUGAUUUACCAUGUGAAGAAUCGAAGUUGGACUUACGCAUUCGUAAUUUCAUUGGUCUCAUAUGUAACACCCAGGCGAUGGAAGAAGCAGCUACUCAAAUGGAGUAUGAUUCAGCUAGAGCUCCUUUAGGAAAACUCACAAAGCAUCAGAUAUCAGAGGGAAAUAGGCUCUUGUCGGAAAUUGAAGAAUUUGUAUCAAAGAAAAAAUUCGAUAGCAACUUUAUCAAUACUGUGAACGAGUACUACACAAAGAUUCCUCAUAACUUCGGCUUUCGUCAACCUCCUAUGAUCAAAACCAUUGAUCAAAUCAAAAAGGAAAAUGAGCUUUUAGAGUUCUUGGAAGAAAUUGAAAUUGCAAUCCGCACUCUUGGGUCUGGUAAAGUUAAGAAUGAUAGAAGAGACCCCUGUGAUCGUUUCUAUGAAAAUAUGGAAUGUGAUCUUACUCCUAUUGAUAACUUCAGUGAUGAAUAUAAGAUUGUUGAAGAUUAUUUGACAACUAACCAUGCAUCGACUCACAUGUAUUCUAUGAACAUCAUUAAUGUUUUCAAAGUUCGUAGAAGUAACGAGGAAGAACAAUUUAUGUCUGAUUUAGACAAUAGAAAACUUUUGUGGCAUGGAUCGAGACUCACGAAUAUUUACGGAAUUCUUUCUCAAGGUUUAAGAAUCGCCCCUCCUGAAGCACCAACUUGUGGUUAUAUGUUUGGCAAAGGAGUUUACUUUGCUGAUAUGGCUAGUAAGUCAGGUAACUAUUGUUACCCUGCUCCGGGAAAACCAGGAGUUUUACUACUGAGUGAGGUAGCGUUGGGAAAUCCUCGAGCCCUCCGAGAUGCAGAUUAUGAAGCGAGCAAACUUCCAAAAGGAUCUCAUAGUACUUUAGGAGAAGGAUCCACCAUCCCUAAUGCGGCUCAACAUGUUACAAUGGAUGAUGGUUUAGUUGUUCCUUGUGGUAAACCUGUGAAACGUGAAGAAGACGGAAAAUUCUCCUUGCUUUACAAUGAAUAUGUUGUGUACGAUACUAAGCAGGUUAAAAUCAAAUACGCCGUUGAAGUUGAAUUCGAUCUCUAA